CAAGUGAUCAUAACAAGCAUGCGAUUUUACACAAAAGUAGAGGAUAAUAUAGAAGAUAGUUUGUACUUAGUUGCAUCUGAUUGAAAAACGACAGUUUUAUGUGUUGUUAAACGUUGACCUCUUUCGAUUAAAUGCGAAAAACAGGUAAAAAAAAUGAACUUUAGCGGACCUCUAAUGACCGGCUCCAAUCGAUACUUCUCCACCGGCGAACAAGUUUGGAGAACAUCUCCAGAGAAAUUAUGGAUAAGAAUGAAUGAAGAUAAAAUGGACAGAAUGCCUGGAAAAAUAAACGACGACUAUUGUAAACAUAAACACAAUGUUUUCGUUGAUUUUGGCAACCGGCAUUCAAGUUAUAAAAGCGUGCAGAAAAUCACUCCUCAAUAUGAGACAGAAGCUUGUUUACCAGAACAACCAAGAAUUGCGCUCCAUGAAGGCAUACCUACGAACAAUUCGCCGUAUAUUCAUUCAAAGCCCCAGAAUGAAGACAGAUGUGAAAGUUAUUCCGAAACCGUCCCUCUUACUAUCGACAUAUCCAACUAUACGAAUGGACAAAAUGAAGUGGGUGAUACCGAAGAAGAAAUGGCCGCAGCAGUUCUAACAUCUAUGUCUUUAUCGCCAGCCUUAAGAGGUUUCCAUCGGGAACGAGAUGAAAUAUUUGAAAAUGCGAUGCCAAUCAAAAGUGGCGACGAACCUCUUACGCCAUACGAGGAAAAUAAACAGAACAAGGUUCAAGUGAGGCGAAGCAAGCACUCGAGUACUUUAUUCCAAUGUAAAUGGCCAAAAUGUAAGAAGAUAUUAUCGUCUUCCUCUGCCAUUACUCGACAUGUUCGAUGUACUCAUUUGGGGCCCAAACACAACAACGACGAAGCCAACAGUGAUGGGGAAGAGGAAUUUUACUUCAUUGAAGUGGAAGCUAGUGAAGACGUCCCAACUGAGCAGUCCUCAGAAGAGUUAUCACACGUUACGCGCAUAACGUCGCGACGCUGUCGAUCAUACAGUGAUCCCUCUGUACCAACAGAGCCCCCUGUGUCCUCGACCUCACAGCGUCACCUUGACGAUAACUUUAUAUGGCCACUCCGUCAUUCCGAGGGGAGACGCGGGAAACUAAGACGACAUUACAACCUGAAGAAAUCUAGGGGGGAUGGCAAGAAAUGCAGGAAAGUAUUUGGAAUGGAAAACAAACACCUCUGGUGUACACAAUGUAGAUGGAAAAAAGCUUGCGUGAAAUUUGUGGACUGAGGUCACAUGAAGAAGAAUCUUAUUCCAAUCCUUAUCAUAGGUUAUGACGUCAUAAGUUAUGGCGUAUGUCCUAUCAAGACGUCAAAUCAUAUAACCGUAAUAAGUUUACCAAGAGAGGCUUAAGUUGCCAACAUUUUGCUACUUCAAAAGUAGCCAAAAGGUACGCUUUUGAUGUAAAGAUGAAAAACUGCUGUAACAUAGAAAACCGAUGACAAGUUACACGGACAUAUAUCAAACUAUGUUGAAUAUUUCAAGACUAAUUCCUGAACAUAUUCAGUGAUUUGGUUACUUUCCCAGUAACGGUUGAAGCGAGAUAGAAAUAUAUUGUAUAAUAAUAAAGCCACGGUUCACACUUGAGGGGAAAUCAUAAGAAAUAUAAACGAUUUUUACGUUCAUAGACCUACACGAUUGUGUAACAUGUGACCAUCGAGUAAAUCACAACUAAAUUCUUUGUACUCUAUGCGUUCCCCGAUAUCAAGAGACCACCACCAAAUUCUUUCACGCUUGACGCAAACAGAAAUCAUUGAUUCUAACGACUUUUAAGACAAGUGUGAACCAGGCUUAAAGAAAGACAUUUAUAGGUAGUACACGAAACGUUUUAUCUUAGUUAAGAAUAACUAUGUUCUUCACGUUGAUAUUCUUUGAACAAUAAUAGCAAAACUUAUUUUGAUCAUUAUGAAGGAACAUACGCUUCAUGAUUUUCAUGCCUAGAAUUUUCCAUUAAUGUGUAAUGUAGGUAGAAAAGACUUUCAGCGAUUCACAAUCAAUCUAUUUACUCUAAUGAAAAUAUUUUCCUUGACAAAGUAAUCAAUGAUGAUAUUAUUCUUGAAAUUGCUUGUAAUAAAAUAGUUGAUGGAGUUCUCUUUGACCAUUUGUUCAAAUAGACCUGACAUAACUUUGGAAAGUGUGAAAAACUUUGACAAACACAA